GGCUGCACAGGAGCGCACACGUCUCUGCCCUGGCAUCGCAAGGCAAGGCGCAGGAACUUGGUUCAAAUCCAUCUCUGCGAGAUUUCACCAUGGGAAAAGCCUGCUACGGCGUGGUGACGGCUGUGCUGCUGCUCAUGAAGUUUGAGAGGACCAGUUCCACGCAGGCUGCCUGCAGUGCUUGUGCCGCUGGCACCUUCUGCAGAAGGAAUGGGAGCCAGCCGUGCAUCCCCUGCCCCCCACGCAGCUACUCCAGCAUGGGCGGACAGAAGGCCUGCCACAUAUGUAGGGCGUGCGAAGGUCUUUUCAGAGUGAAGAAGGAAUGUUCCUCCACCAGCAACACAGAGUGUGAGUGCAUCUCGGGGUUCCACUGCCUGGGGCCUGGCUGCUCCCAGUGUGAGCCGCGCUGCAGGCCAGGUGAAGAGCUUGUCGCAGCAGGCUGUGUGGACUGCCCCUUUGGGACGUUUAACGACCAGGAAAGCGGCCCCUGUCAACCCUGGACCAACUGUUCCUCGGAUGGAAAGCCUGUCCUCGUGAUGGGCACCAGCACCCGCGAUGCCAUCUGCGGCCCCGCUCUGGCCGUCUCCUCUCCAGGCCCCUCUCCACAGAGCCUUGUUGUCUUCACGGUGCUGAUGGUGGUUACAGUGCUGGUGCUGCUCUUCCUCCUCGUUCUUCAGCUCUCAGUGGUGAAAUGGAGCCGAAAGCAAUUCCUGUACAUCUUCAAACGACCGUUUAUGACACCAGUACAAAUGGCCCAAGAGGAAGAUGGCUGCAGCUGUGGGUUUCCCCAAGAAGAGGAAGGAAGGUGUGAGCUGUGAAGUGGGAAUCGGAGGAGCUGGGACACCCAGGCGGAGAGGAACGCCGCAAACACACCUGCCCGGCCUGACAUGAAAAUUCCCCAGCAUCAACACCAGCGCCUCCGGCGAAGCUCUCCCAAUGCUCCACGUUUAUGAAAGGGUGGGCAGCGUGCGUGGCACAGGGCA